GAUGUCUGUUUUCACUGUACACAUCUAUAGAUGUAGAAGGUAUAGGCAAUUGAGCUGCUGCUCAUAUCGCUCAUAUAGCUCUAAAGUUACUUAAUGCAAGAGAUGUUUUAUUAUGUAGUUGCCAUUUCUCAUAAAAAUAAUAUGCGGCAUGUGAAUAUGCAGCAGUACCACCACCAGAUUUUAGUUUAGCUUGCUUGUUCAUUUGCGUUCAGGCCAAUGAGCAUGCCCUGUACAUUGUUCAGACACAUUAAUUCUUGAUUAUGCUUCUCAAGAAGUAUGCUUAGGAAGACAAACUUCAGUAGAUGUAUGGAAGAAACCUAUGAAUUUUGGGCAUGUUUCUUAAUGGUAACAUGAACAUAUACAGGUCUAUAUUCAUUUAUUCUUAAGCAGUAACUGUAUGCUGAGCCUUCUUAUGGAAGACACACAUGUGACGAAACAUUAUUCUUGGGCCAAAACCUCAAAACCUAACUGGGAAACUUGACAUGUGUAUCACUAUUUAGAAUGAAUGUUGUAAUUCAUAAUCUGAAUUGUUACACAUAAUGCCUAAAUAAAUGCUUCCCAAUGUCUAGAUAUUGGAAUAAUGUAAAUGAGCUGUUCAAUAUGCAAUGCGUAUUAACCUUGUUCUGACACUUUGGAAUUAUACAGGGAAUCCUUGAAUAUACAAUAGUUAAGAAGGAAUUUCACAAGAAAUGUCAAAGAAAACAAUAACAAUAAAUAUUCUUUAGGAAGUAUUUUCUUAGAAAAAAUGUUAGUGGCAACUCAGUUAGUUAGUGGCAACAUGAGUAUAAUUUUUUGAAUUAUAUUAUAAUUUAAGUUUUAAAAAUAUUGUUUCAGCCAGGGGCGGUGGCUCACAACUGUAAUCCCAGCAUUUGGGAGGCCAAGGUGGGAGGAUCAUCUGAGGUCAGGAGUGUGAGACCAACCUGGCCAACAUGGCGAAACCCCAUCUCUACUAAAAAUACAAAAGUUAUCUGGGCGUGGUGGUAUGCGCCUAUAGUCCCAGCUACUCGGGAGGCUGAGGCACGAGAACCACUUGCACCCAGGAGGCAGAUGUUGCAGUGAGCCAAGAUCACGCCUCUGCAUUCCAGCCUGGGCAACAGAGUGAAACUCCAUCUCAAAAAAAUCCCCCCAAAAACAAAAACAAAAGAACCCUAUCUAUCUAUCUAUCUAUCUAUCUAUCUAUCUAUCUAUCUAUCUAUCUGUCUAUCCACAUAUAUACACACACGUGUAUAUGUGUGUGUAUAUAUAUAGAGAGAGUUUCUAUUUAAAUUCUAAGCUUUGUCUCAAGAAUAUUUACUAUGUGACUCUCUGAGGAUUAAAAAAAAAAAAAGCCCUUAAAUAUAGUUUUGCAAGUUCCGAGAUUAUAAGCCACCAAUUCCUAAUACAUUCCAUUUUAAAAAAAUAAUUAGAGAAACCUACUAUAACUGAACAAACACUGAAUAGAUUUUUAAAACCAAAUCAUACUAAUUAUAUACAGAUUUAGAGUGACAGGGCUACAAUUUGUGAUCAUAUCUGAGUCUGAGAAAGCACAAAGCACUCUGGUCUGUCGUAUAAGAUAGAUCUCCUCGCAUUCAUUGAUUCAUUCAUGCAGGGAGAAUUUUAUUCAAUGAGUGUUUAUUGAGUGACUAUUAUAUGUUGGGCACUGCUGGAUCACAAUGGCUAGUAUGGCCUCUGGGUGCCAUUGGUGGAGUUUCUGUUAUUACCCUUUGAAUAUAACCCAUCAAGGGAGCAAUUUAACUAAAAUAGAAAUAAAGAUAACAUAUACCUCUCAAAAUGCUAUAGUUUCAAAAAUGAUGUUUUCAAGCUGAUCUGACAAAAAAUCCCCAUAAAUUAGUUGUUUCACUUUUAGGAAAACUGCCCAGGUAGAAGACUGAAACAUAAUAAAAUUACUCAACGUCUACAAAGAUUCAAGAAGCAGACCUUUUUUGAUGAAUACCAUUGAGUUUGUUUCACUUAGGGCUUAAAAAAUAUUUAAAAAAAAGAGGAACAGCUAUUAAUGUUCAUCCAACUUCAGAAUGUUAGAAGGAAAAGGAGAACAGAUUUGAAUCCCAUUCUUCUGUUCAGGGUGAACCUAUCAAGGUCCUUGCCAUAUAACUCAAGAAAAUAGAGUUUUCUGAAAAUAUUAAUGUGCUGACAGUGCAUAGGCAACUUUUUGGGACUUGGGGACAUGUUUGUGCAUUGCAGAUGGAGAGAUUUAAAAUAUGCAAGAGUAUAUUUUAUAUAUGGAUUUUUAUAUAUAAUUUGAUACAACCUAAUGAGAGUGUUUGAGAUGUUUGAGUUAAAAUUAGCAUUUAGACAAUGACUCAAGUUCUCAGAUUUCACCUUAUAAGGCAUAUACUUUAUAUUAUAAAACAUUACAUUGUAUGUUUUUCUUCUAAUAACAAAGAUUAGUAUUCUUAUCCUUUUCUAGAGAAGAAAACAAAUUUAUGUGGUGAUACAGCUAAGUGCUUUUGUAAAACCACAGAGGAGGGAGAGAGCAUGCUAGGCUGGAGAAAGGUCAGGAGGGAUCAGGGAUGGCAUUUGUCCUUGGAAAUGAAAGAUGGGUAGGAAAGGAAUAUGUGCAGGGAGAGGGAGGUGAGACAGGAUGAGCCACUCAUGGAAGUAAGAGAUUGGGGAAGAAUUAAGUGUCCAGUUUGACAAUAUUAUAGGAUGCGUCAAUAUAAAGGGAAGAAGAGGGAAUUAAGGCUGGAUUUGUAGGAUGGGAUCAGAUAACGGAAAGUCUUAGAUGCUCUAAUAAGCAGUUAGACUUAUUAAGUUAUUUUAGGUUACUGAGUAGAGAAAUGACAUGAUCAGAGAUGUGCCCAAAUAUGAUACUCUGGGGGAAAAUCUAUAGGACAAAAGGAGAAGGAAAAGACCAGAGUUUGGGGAUCAGUUAGGAGGCUACUGCAGUUAUUUAGAGGGGAAGAAUGUGAGUCUAAGUGGGGUGGAGGCAGCCAGGAUGGAGAGGGAAGUGCUCUGAUUUGAACAGAAUCUGGACCAGGUCAGCUAAAAGAAGAUUUGAUUAUUUUUGAGAAGGCACUCAGCAGUGCCUGUCAAAUAAUGGGUAUUUAACACUUGUUUGUUGAAAGGUUAUUGAAAGCCACUACAGGAAAGAGAUCUGCUCUCCAGGGCCUAGGGUGCUGAGUGAGCUAGAGAGGCUGCUGGGAGGACAGCAGCUAGCUAUUCAGACCGUGGGCUAUGGAUGCCUGCCGGACUACAGACUGUGUGGCCAGACCGUGAUGAGAACAGAAAUUGGGAGUAAGCAUUUAGAAAUAACUGUAGCAGUUUGAGAGAGCACUUUUAUAUUUUUUGUCCUAAUAUUUAAGAAUCGGGUCUUGUAUUUUGGUUUUUGUUUUUUUCAUCUCAUUUUUUCUCAUAAUUGAUUUUUAUUGUAUUUCACAAAAGUAUUGUCUUCUAUGAAUUGUUAAAAAAUGGGUAUUUUAUGACAGAAUGUUUGAGAAGCACUGGUGUCAGCCAGAUAUCCAAGUGGAAGUAAGAGUGAAUUUGGAUUCUGGGAGUGCAUCUAAUCAUGGAUGGGGGGAGCAGUUCCUCAUUGUGGGGGCAUCAGGUUGGUACUAGUCAUGACCCUGAAAAUCUGUACCUAUAAGGUGAUGAUGUGGAAGCAGUAGAGUAAGGCUGACAAUAGCUACAAGUAUCAAGGCCCCAGCCAAAUGGCCUGUUCUUCAGCUGGGACACCUUGCCUGAAAGGGAUGCCCUGGAAUGUGAGGCAGGGAAACUAUUUAGGAGUACAGGACAGCAGCCCAGGUCUGUAGAAUGGGCAGUAAGUGGGGAGUAAGACUUUUCAGAGAUCACGCAAUUAAGGAGGUCACAUUCUGUGUUUGGGUGACAGGAAGGUGGGUCAGGGUUACCUGGGGUCCCAACAUGAGUGGCCAGACCGCUGAUACAGCUUCACCUCAAGCUCUGAGGAGCACAGACCAGGAGCCCCUCAGCCAUUUAACAAAGAAUUACUGAGUCAGGUGAGAGGCACAAUCUAGCUGUUAGGGAUACUUCGGGAAACAAAGCAGAAAAGACCUCCACUCUCAUGGAGGUCUUUCUACAAGACCUCCAUGUACAUUCUACAAGAAAGGCAGGCAAUAAAAACAUGAAAAAGGUAUCCAACAGUGGCAAAUAAUAUGCAGAGAAUCAAAGUGGGGUGAUGUGACAGAGAGGGAACAGGUGGUACUUCAAUUUGGCUGGUCAGGCCUCUCUCUCUCUCUCUGAUGACACUGAAGCUAAGAUUAGAAUGGCCAAAAGGAAAUGGCCACUGGAGGGUCUGGAGGAAAGUCAUUCCAGGCAGAGAUGCUAAGAUGAAACAAGUCUUCAUAAUGAUGUGAAAGAAAGGGAGGCUGGAGAGCAGGAAACAGGAGAGCAUAAGUGAGGAGGUCAGAGAGGGAGGCAGGUGUCAGUUCUAAGUGGGCUGGGGAACAAGUGGAAGAUUUUAAGCAGAGGAGUUGUCUGGCUAAUGUUUUGAAAAGACCACUCUGGCUGCUGUUGGAGAAUGGAUUGAGGGAGAAGUACAUACCUACUAGAUGAAAGAGAUGUUGGAAGCUGGCUGGCCUGUAGCAACAGAAGUGGAGACAAGCGGUUGUGAUCUGCAGUGGUUUGCACUGGGAGGUGGAGUACACAGGACUGGAUGAGUGAUUUGACAGGGCAGCUGAGGGAGAGGAAUAAAGAAACAUUUCCAGUUUUUUGGGCUUGAGCAAUUGGGUGAGCGAUGGUGCCAUUUUCUAAGGUGGGAAAGACUGGGAAAGGAACAUGUUUGAUGGUAGGAAUUAAAGAGUUUACUUUGGCAAGUAAAGUUAGAGAUGUGUAGUGAAAAGGUCAAAAGAAAGCUGGAGUGUGGAAUUCUGGGGAGAAGUCAGAGCUUGGAAUUUGGAUUUGGGGAUCAUGAGUCCUGGAUGCAUGUGUAGAUAGAGAGAAAGAGGGGUACCAAGAACAAUUUGGGGGGCACACUAACCCUCAAACACAGAAGGACUCAGCAAAGGAACUGGAGAAGGAAGGAUCUGAAGUAGGAAGGAAACCAGGAGAGUAUGGUGUCCAGAAGCCAAGAGAAGAAGAUGUUUCCAGAAGGAGGCAAUAAGCCGUCCACUGUGCUGAGAGUAAUUGAGGAAAGGACAGAUAAAUGACCAGUGGCUUGGCAACACAGGGAACCCUGGGACUGUGACAACCACAGGGUCAGAGGAGUGGUGCAGAUGGAAAUGUGGAUGGAAUGGUUUGGGAGGGAAUGUGAGGUGGAGGUGUUGAGAAUAUGACUUUUGAGAAAUUUUGUCCUAACAAGGAAUAGAGUGUAGGGAGAGUCUUUUAAUGGGAGAGAUAAUACAACAGGUCUGUGUGCUUAUGGGAAUGCUGUAGUGAAGAGGGAAAAUUGCAGGAAGGAGUGAGAUAAAGGAAGGAGGGAACCUUGAGAAGGCUCAGAUGGUGGAAUUCAAAGCAUGGUGGGGAGGAGCUAGUCUUUGAGAGGACUAGGACACUGUCCAUAGUACAGAGGAGACACUGAGAAUGGGGGUGUAAAUGAAGGUAAUUUGGUAGAUUUCAUGAUUUCGUGGUGGGAAUCAUAGGCAGUUCCUCUCUGGUGGCUUCUCUUUCUCUGUGAACUCUGAGGCAAGGAUAUCAAUAGUGAACAAAGAUGCUAGUUGUUGGGGGAGGUGUGUAGGAUGUUUGUACAAAGAGAAGUGGGAAACAGUCAUUUCGAAGAGUAAGAAAGGAAAUAUACUAAAGAAGUGUUAUGUGUAAAGUUGACAUUUGUGGUGGGGAUUCAGUAGAGGGCGUGAUGAGCAGAAAGAAGCUACUGCUGUUUAGAAUCUGCGACCUUGGAAAAGAUGAACUCAGAUCUGUGUCCAAGAAGCCAGAACCAUCAUCUUAUAAAUGAGGAUAGUGGGGCAGUGCAUAUUUGAGGGGGCUCAGUGGGACUUGGGUCCUGAUUGUACUGGGGAGUGGGGUAUGAGAGAGAGAGAAGAGGGAAUUAAGAUAAUUUUAAAAUAAUUUUUUUUUAAGAGACAAAGUUUCACGCCAUCAUCCAGGCUGGAGUACAGUGGUGCAAUCAUAGCUCACUGCAGCCUGAAACUCCUGAGUUCAAGUGAUCUUCCUGCCUCAGCCUCCCGAGUAGCUGAGACUACAGGUGUGCACCACCAUGCUGGGCUAAUUUUUAAUUUUUUUUUGUAGAGAUGUUGGUCUUGCUAUGUUCCCCAGGCUGGUCUUGAACUGGGUUCAUGUGAUAUUCCCACCUUGGACUCCCAGAGUGUUGGAAUUACAGCCAUGAGCCAUCACACCUGGUGACGAGAUGUGACUUAGCAAUCACUUCAAGGUUUUGUGUCUGGUCCACUGGAGUGAUGGUGUCCCCUUUAGCCUGUGUCGUAUGUUUUGUUUCAGGAAAACAGCUUAACUUUUGGGGGUUUCAAUUCUCUCAUUUGUAAACUGGUUAAAAUAAUUCUAGUUUUUCAUUUCCCCUUGGAUGUUUGGGAAUUUUACAUGCAAUAACAUCUGGGAGAGGGCUUGGAAAGCCGCCAAGCACCGUGUAACUGUUAUCCUGGUCCCAAAAUUAAAAGGAGAGCCUGGGUUGUCGUGGCUUUGCGCUGUCAUCUGGCCUGUGAUAAAUGCUGACUGGCUUCCUCGGCUCGCAGUGACGUUGAUGCACAGUCCCUACUCUGGCCCUGUCGUUUUUGUCAUGAGCCUUGUCAGUCAGUCUGAAGUGAAACCCACCGAUCUAUGAACUAGGGCACUAGGCUGUUUACUUCAAUGUGUUCGUGUUUGUUUAUAUAUAUGUGUGCAUAUAAAGUAUAAAUAUAUGUAACAGAAAGUAAAAAUGCAUAUAUAUUUAAUAAAAGUAUAAAUAUAUGUAUUUAUGGAAAGUAUAUAGCAAGCCUCCUCUUGGGAAGGCGAUUUCAGCACUAGCAUAUGUUCUGCUGUCUAAUUGUGCCUCUCAGCCCAGGAGCUCCGCGGUACCUGUGGUUCCUGAAAGAGAGUUUGACAGGCUUCAGGAAAGGGUUAGUGCCUCUUGAACUGGGGAGAUUACAAAACGAGCGUGGGCCUAAAAGGCUCCACAGAGGCAGGCAGCGGGAUGGACAGAGCGGCUCAGAGGGAAGGGACAGAGCCGCUUUAAUGUGCUAAUGAGGGGAAGCCCAGAUGCCAGCGGGCUCAGUGGAGCUCUUUGUGACGCCGGGUUCCCGGGGCUGGCUGGAGUCUCUGUCCCUAUCUGGAUCCUGCUGCAGGCCGGGGAAACACUGCGCUCUUAGAGAGGGACCCUGUCCUCCACAGAUAGCCCCGCAGACCCUCGGAACGCGGCUCGGCGAAUGGCCUUCAAGCCCAUCCAACAGGAGAUAAUCUGUCCUUGGAACUAGUGCAAGUCAGUUUUUAACUACUUGCGGAGAAAGUCUGAAACGUCACAACCAACCAAACAAAAAUGACCACCACCCAGGAGAUGUUAAUCUCUGUGGCCCUGGGCCAGGUGUUAUCCCUCCUUAUUUGUGGAAUUGGCUUGACUAGCAAGUAUCUGUCAGAAGAUUUCCACGCCAACACACCAGUCUUCCAGAGUUUCCUCAAUUACAUUCUUCUCUUCUUGGUCUAUACCACCACACUAGCCGUCAGACAAGGAGAAGAAAACCUCCUGGCAAUUUUACGACGAAGAUGGUGGAAGUACAUGAUUUUGGGACUCAUAGACCUGGAAGCAAAUUAUCUGGUGGUCAAGGCUUACCAAUACACAACUCUGACCAGUAUCCAGCUCCUGGACUGUUUUGUGAUCCCAGUCGUGAUUUUGCUCUCCUGGUUCUUCCUGCUGAUCCGGUACAAGGCUGUGCAUUUCAUCGGCAUCGUUGUCUGCAUCCUGGGAAUGGGCUGCAUGGUGGGAGCAGAUGUGCUUGUGGGAAGGCAUCAGGGAGCAGGGGAAAAUAAGCUGGUAGGGGACCUUCUGGUCUUAGGAGGAGCCACACUCUAUGGUAUUUCUAACGUCUGGGAAGAAUACAUCAUCCGAACUCUGAGCCGAGUGGAAUUCCUGGGAAUGAUUGGUCUCUUUGGAGCAUUUUUCAGUGGAAUUCAAUUAGCUAUAAUGGAGCAUAAGGAACUGUUGAAGGUGCCCUGGGAUUGGCAAAUAGGACUGCUCUACGUUGGCUUUAGUGCCUGCAUGUUUGGUCUCUACAGCUUUAUGCCAGUCGUCAUAAAGAAAACCAGUGCCACUUCAGUCAACCUCUCCCUGCUCACAGCAGACUUGUACAGCCUGUUCUGUGGAUUGUUUCUCUUCCACUACAAGUUUUCAGGACUUUAUCUCCUGUCUUUCUUCACCAUCCUCAUUGGGCUGGUGCUCUACUCCUCCACCUCCACCUACAUAGCCCAGGACCCCCGAGUGUAUAAGCAGUUCCGCAAUCCUUCAGGACCUGUUGUGGACUUACCGACCACAGCUCAGGUGGAACCCUCAGUCACCUACACCAGCCUGGGCCAGGAGACCGAAGAGGAGCCUCAUGUUCGUGUGGCCUAGGGUAAGGCCCGCCCUGUCAACUGAGGCCAACUCAUUGGCCAUGUUUUUGCCCAUCAUCUCUGUAUUGUACAUAGAGAAAGGUAUUUACUAGGUGCAGUUUACACAGGUGGACUGCAAGGUAGCAAAUCCUCCAAAAGCUUGUGAAAGGAACAAGCUCAACAUCACUGGAGACACAGGCUCUAAUCCACCUGACUUGGAAAGAUGCCUAGCUAACGUGUAUCCUGAUCACAACUCCCCUGCAUUCAUUACUGUGAAAAUUUUUGAAUCAAAAGCAAGUAUUAUUGUUAUUAUGAUUUGUAUUAUUAUUAUUAUUGUUACUGUUAUUACACCAACUUUCAGGAGGAUGUUUUGUACUCCUGAUGGGAACUAUUGCCAGACCCACAUGUAGUCAACAUAAACCCCACUUUUCUAUGGCAAUUCACUUUUUAAGAGUCAUACUUUAUUUUUUUGCACAGACUAUAUGAGUGAUGCAUGCCACAGGAGCUCCACCCCUGAGAAGUUUCCUUUUCCUAGGGACCUGGUGGUUAAUGGUUUCCUCUGUUACCUGUUGGAUUGCCUGCUCAAUAAGUAUUUUGUGCUGUGACCUUUGUGGGGAGGGGCAACUGACCAUAUAAUUCUCUAUUCUAGGAAUAGAUAUAAAAGAAACAUUUUAGCCUUUUUAUAUUUCGAUCUCUGAUUACUCCAGGCCAUUGCCUUUCUGUUGUGCCACGUGAUUCUGCUAAUCAAGUCCCUGUAAUAACAGGAUAAGGACUGUUCCAUUACUGUGGCUUUUGGGAGCCCCCAGAAAUAAUAUCAUUUGUGUUUAGGACAAUAUAUAAUUAUAAAAUCUUUCUGCUCCUCCCUGUAGCCUCUCUUCAAAAACUAUCUUUUAUUUUUUUUCCAGAUUUCCUUAGUGAUAAUAUGGAAAUUAAUCAAGGCACUGGAAAAAGCCAUGGUCCUCUGCCCUUUUAAUUCUGUGACACCUUUUUAAAAAUACACCAGCAUGGAAAUUACCUUUAUUGUGGAAAAUCAUUGGUUGUGCCACCUCCUAACAAAGUCAAGGUGCUGAUGUGGAGCAGUCUUUGAAAAUGGCUUAAUUGAUCUGGCCACUUUGCAGUGGUAACAAUGUCAUCAUUGAAAAAGUCUGGCAUUUUGGUCAUAUUUGGCAUCCAUUCAAUAACAGAUAUAUUGACACGACAUUCUUUUUUUUUUUUUUUGAGAUGGAGUCUCACUCUGUCGCCCAGGCUGGAGUGUGGUGGCGCGAUCUCAGCUCACUGCAACCUCCGCCUCCGGGAUUCACACCAUUCUCCUGCCUCAGCCUCCCGAGUAGCUGGGACUACAGGCGCCUGCCACGACGCCCAGCUAAUUUUUUGUAUUUUUAGUAGAGACAGGGUUUCACCGCGUUAGCCAGGAUGGUCUCGAUCUCCUGACCUCGUGAUCCGCCCACCUCGGCCUCCCGAAGUGCUGGGAUUACAGGCGUGAGCCACUGCGCCCGGCCGACACGACAUUCUUAUGGACCCAGAGAGUACUGCAGGAUCCUGAUAAGACCUUUAGUGAUAUGUCACUAGUGUAAUCUGUUGCCCUUAAAAUAGCCCUUUUUUCAAACACAGGAAUUUAAGAAACACCACAGACCUCUAUUAUUUAGAAUAGAUUCUAUGUGUCAGUAUGUGAUGUACUCUUUUAGUUUGACUGACUUCAGUACCAUUCAAAAAGAUCCUCAAUGGAGUUACAGGGUUUAUAGGGGAAAAAUACAUGUUCAUGAGACAUUGGGCAAUUCAAAUCAACAUGUGUUACAUAAGCAAGCAAAGCAAAACACCAGUGGGGUCUCUGGAAAGUAAAAGGACAGACUACAGUAGAAGGACUGAUCCCAGAGAGCCUGUACAAGGCCUAAAUCUGGCAGGCAAAAGCAUCCCACACUGUCUGUCAGCACCCACAUGGCCUUUUUGCCUGCCUUCUACAACGGGUAAGUGGACCUACCCUUGGAGAUAGAGAAGAAAAAUUAUCUUCUCUGAUAUUCGGAUGUAAUGGUCAUCUCAGUUCAGCCCCCUAGGAAACAUGUUUUAUUUUCCAUGGGGAAAAUAUCAGCGUUAAAGCUCUAUCAAAUCAAAACAACUUUGCCAACAUCUUCUCUCUGCUACCUUUUAAACCAAUUAAAUACCUUUCUCUGAAUAUUUUGUCCAUUCAGAUCCGAAGACCUUUAAAGACUGUGGUUUUAUUUUUGUGUUUACAUUCCUUUGGUUUGAAUAAUUUGCUUGAUUUAUUGCAUUUUUAGUAUUUAUUUUAAGCCAGAUGUUUUCGUCUUUGAUUCAUUUUUAUGACAUUAAUUUGUAGACACUUAGUAAAGUCUUAUGAGAAGCAAGUGGAUGAAAUUAUCUCCAAGUCCACUCAGUAGACUGGAGUUUUUUAAAAAUAUAAAUUUCCAAAAAGUUUGCAAUCAACAGAUGGCUAAAGGUUGCCAUCUGAAUUAUUUUAUAGGAUAUUUUAAUUGACUCCAUUGUAUGGAAACCAAGUGUGAAUGUUAAGAUGAAUUUGCUGUAUACCCUUUAUCAUUCAGUGUCCUUGUACUCAGACUUUCAUGUCCCUGGGUGACCUCAAUGUGUUGGUUUGUCUCCAUUUAGAAAGGUUGAUAAUAUAUUGAAUUGUUCAAGAUCAGGAGUUCCAGACUGACCCUCCAGGAAAAAAAAAUUGCAAAGAACAAAUUCUUUUUCUGUGUAAACAACACUGAUCCUUUGGGAAUGGGGCGGGAAAUGGGAGUAGGACAACAUUAACUUUAGCUGUUUUAGUUUCUGAGAUUUCAUAACCUCAGUAGACACCAGCAAAAUUUUCAGUUUUUAAGUCCACCACCAAUCUCUCCUCAAUGAAUAAGACUUUAGCAAUUUGUAUAGAAUUUGAUCAGGUAAGAGCAAACCACAAUUCUCCUAAACCCUGCUAGAGAUUAAGUGGUGGUUCUCACUUCCUCAAUGAAAACUUGCACUGGGGACAGCGCUUGCCUUGGUCAGACCUUCCCACAUCUACAUACUCUCAAAUACAUGACCAGGUGAUCAAGCAGUGGAAAAAUUUGCACCACCAUGUCCCAUGAAAUUGUUUCAAUGUUUAGUUUAGAUAUUGCUAACUUGUGCUAUUAACCUUUUGACAAGUGUGUAGUAUUGUUUGUUUUGGGUUUCUUUUUGAUUUAUAACUAUUUAGUAGUCCCCAGCUAGCUACCAGUACAGAUUUUACCCCAUGGGUAGGAUUCUAUUGUUAAGCCACAUAACAAAGCACACUAAUUCUGACAACACUGCAAAUGGAAAAUACGAACCAAAAAAAAGUUACACCAAUAAGUUCAACAAACUGUCCAUUUUUGAUAUUUGCAUGCUCCCCUAUGGACUGGCUGUGGCAAUGUAAUGCCUGUAUAAUGUUUUCAAAUAAAAAUAAAUGCUUUAUGAAAGCACCGAA